GCGGCGGUAGCAGACGGAGCUCAAGUUGCGGCGGUAGUAGCAGCGGUAACAGCAAAAGCAAAAAACAGCAGCAGCUGUGGGGACGGCGACGCUCUCCAACACCCCAGCGAACGAUUGAGCCGAUUUUCCUCGCUCCUCUUCGCGACCCCUGCUUUUCUAAGGGGGGGCGGGGAUCAAAUCCAUGACCAUGGGCGACAAGAAGAGCCCGACCAGGCCAAAAAGACAAGCGAAACCUGCCGCAGAUGAAGGCUUUUGGGAUUGUAGUGUCUGCACCUUUAGGAACAGCGCCGAAGCCUUUAAAUGCAGCAUCUGCGAUGUGAGGAAAGGCACCUCCACCAGAAAACCUAGAAUAAACUCCCAGUUGGUUGCACAGCAAGUGGCACAGCAGUAUGCAACACCUCCACCACCAAAAAAGGAGAAGAAGGAAAAAGUUGAAAAACAGGACAAAGAAAAAUCGGAUAAAGAGAAAGAAAUUAGCCCAAGUGUUACAAAGAAAAACACCAACAAGAAGACUAAACCAAAGUCAGAUAUUCUGAAAGAUCCUCCUAGUGAAGCAAAUAGUAUACAGUCUGGGAAUGCUACAACAAAGACCAGUGAGUCAAAUCACACUUCAAGGCCCAGGCUGAAGAAUGUGGACCGAAGCACUGCACAGCAAUUGGCAGUAACAGUGGGGAAUGUCACGGUCAUUAUCACAGACUUUAAAGAAAAGACUCGUUCUUCUUCUACAUCGUCAUCCACAGUGACCUCCAGUGCAGGAUCAGAACAGCAGAAUCAGAGCAGCUCUGGGUCGGAGAGCACAGACAAGGGCUCAUCCCGUUCCUCGACGCCAAAGGGCGACAUGUCGGCAGUAAAUGAUGAGUCUUUCUGAAAAUUGCACAUGGAAUUGUGAAAACUAUGAAUCAGGGUAUGAAAUUCAAAUUCUCCACCUGCCCAUGCAGCUUCCAUCCCCGGCAAAUUCUUCCGUGGACGUCGACCUCUUACUGAUGCUACCAGGAUAGUUUUCUGCUUGCCAUGGGCACCUGGCCACCAAGGAGUUUCACACCCUGACGAUUACUCUUGACACUUUUAUGUAUUCCAUUGUUUUAUAUGAUUUUUUUUCCUAACAAUCAUUUAUAAUUGGAUGUGCUCCUGAAUCUACCUUUUUAUAAAAAUCUGCUGUGCACAGUUUUCCAUGCACAUUAGGCCUUUUUUUGUGUGAGGUUUUGGCUUUUUUGUUUUGGCUUUAUUUAUUGCGUUCACAAACUCCAUCCUUUCAGAAUAUUCAUUUAGUUCUUUCUUCCAGUUAUGUGCUAUAAGUUUUGAUAUAACUAUAUAUUUAUAUGGUUAUUUGAAGCCAAUACAUGGCAACGCUGGUGCUUGAUACACUGUGAAGUGAAAUAACAUUGAACAGUUACAGACCGGGACAGAGCCUUCUAUGAAAGUGCUGAAAUUAAAUUGAACCAGUCUUACAUGAAGUGUAUUCCAACCUCAGUGGGAAUUUGAUUCCCCUUCUUUCAUGUUUGUCUAAUGAGUACUGGACAAAAAAAAAAAAGAUAUACCUAUACACACCUUAGUGCUACUAUCUGCAAUUACAAGUCUGCUCCAGAGAUCUUGCAUUCACGACAGACGACAGACUAUAACUGACAGAUCACAAGUUCUUGUCCGGUGGUAAAUGCUCAGUCAUUCAAAAGUAACUCAACUGACUUAAAGAAUGCCAAGUGUCCAUGUGUAUUAUGGUUGCACAUUAUUAACAUUGCUAACUCCUGCAUAAUCAUUCAUAAAAAUGUGGUAUUCUGUAACUAUGAAUUCCUUCCAUUUUCCAGGCCUGGGUUCAUGACUGAGGUGAUUUGUUAAAAUCUGUGGAGUACCUGUUAUUUUUAGGAUUCCGGGCACAAGUAAACCUUAAAAUGAAACUGUAAGGCUAGAAGCUUGGCAGCUGAAACUUUAGAGUUUACUUGUUCUUGCUUGACAUUGCAUAGACCUUUUGUAAUUAAAUUUCUUGGGUCUUUUUUUCCAUUCUAUUGUAGAAAUUGUUGUUGAAAUCUAAUUCUGUUUGUUUUCUGAAAGCAAUUUUUGAACCACAAAUGUUAUGACAUGCUUUUUAAUAUUUGUAGACAUUUCUUGCUGUGGCAACUAAAAGUUGGAAGACAUUUUCACGCUAACCAACUGAGCAGCAAGUGAGGUUCAGUGAUGGCCAGUGUAUUUUGUUGUAUACAUAAAAAUAACCAUAUGAAACCUAUCUCCAAACAUCUUAAUGUUGCUUGGGUGUUGCCCUUCUGUUUGUAAUGGUCCCGUGAAGUCACUAGUCUGAGAUGUUUUGAGCUGCACAACCUUUCCUCCCACCCCCCACAGAUUUCUUUGGCUUUUUACCCUCUGUCAUGUGGCCCAUAGUGCUUCUUAUUCAUUCCAAAUACAAAGCCCAUUGUUGUUCAGUACAUGUGGUCCCGUUUUAGAUAUUCAAAUGUGAGUCAUUCCCCUUCAGUUUGGAGUGAAGCAGCAGAUUAUGAAACCUUGAUUUAGUGACAAAAAAUAGCUCGUGUACAUAUGGAGGCAGCUGAUCAAUUGUAGUUUUCAAUUAGCCAUCAGGCAGGGUUCCUUUCACAUUUACAUUCAAACUAUUUCUCUAAUGUAGACAUUUAAUUUCUAUUCUUGAAGUUCUAGAUUCCAAAGCAGUGCCAUUUGUUACUCUGGUCCCAUAUAAAAUGGCGUUCCCCUCCUUUAAAAUUAUGCUUGUAGCCGAGGUGCAAGUGGUAAUUACCUUUGAAAAUAUGUUUUUCAAGUAUUAAGAAACCAAAGGAAACUUGAUGCUUUCUGAAAGCAUUAGCCUCUAUUAUACAUAGUGGUUUGACUAGGAAUUUUAAAAUUCACAUUUUAGGGCCAGUGAACCUUUACAAAGACAUUCCUUCUGAAGUUUUAAUAUUCUUUAUAUUAAGGGUCUCAGGGAAGGAAAACUGGUUAGCCAUAUUUAUUUUCCAGAGGUGCAUGAAAAGUCUAUGUCCAUUUUACACAAAACAAUCUUUAAAUGGCACCAAAUGAAUGUGUGUUGCACUGCUUUCUAAAUCAGUUACUGUUCUAAGCACUGUGCAUUUUUCAAAAUUAGUUUCAUGUAAAGUGAAUGGACCGCUAGAUUAAUGGAAAACUGAUGAGCCAGCUGCUCAGAGGCUCCUAACUCAUUCAUUUCAAGUGUCUUGGUUUUUCAGUUUUGCCUCGUAGAUAGAUAAAGGGUGUCUCUUAAGGAUUUGGCUAGUAGAAAGAAAGGGUGGAUUGCCUCAAAGGAAAUGGGCUAAAGCUCUGCAUUUAGUAGCGAUUGCAAAUUAAAAAGUGGAAGAUGUUAGCUAAGCAACCAAAAAUUAUUGGGUCAGUCUUUUAGCUGUUUGUGUAGUUUCUGUUGAGGUAGUAGGUGCUUUAGACAUUUCAGUUCCGAAAUUGAUUCCACCUCCCCAGGCACAUAUUCGGAUAUGGAAUUCCCUUAAAUUUCUGCAUUUGCAGUUUUCCCUACAGUUAGUAGGCAGCACGGAAGAACACAAGUGUAGAUUAUAUGUGUACUCUCACACACACACACACACACACACACACACACACACACACACGUAUGAAACGUAUAUAAAGAGGACCAGAAAUACUUGGUAUUCAGUGGCACAUUAAGCAGAUGAUAAAAGCACAGUGUUAUGCUUGCAAGUUUUAAUUUUUACACCAACACACACAAUCACACACGUAGGUUGCCUGACUUGCUGAUCUUGUAAGUUUUGCAAUGAAAAAAGUCACAGCAUUUUCACAUAGAAAAAAAUAUUGAAUUCGAUCCACACAUUUUAGUAUAAAACUUAACAAUUAAAAUUCGGCAGUAGCUUCUGUGAGUUUAUUUCCACUAAGACAUUUCACCUGCUUUAUCAAGACCAUUCUCAGUCUAUUUUUUAAGCCACCAUAUCUCAAAUUAUUGAAGAUUUGUUCAUUGCUGAAUAUAUAAUAAUCUUUGCUUGUAUGUUACCGAAAGUGGUUUUGAGAGCCAACAUUUAAGAGUAUGACAAUGGAGCUGAACAGUUUUUAAUGCGCAAGCAGUUCUGUUCUUGUGUAUGACUUGUAACCUUAAUUUACUGUGUAAAGAUGGUUACAUUAUUUCCUUAGCUUUGUUUGUUGGAGACAAAUAGAGAAUGCUUGUUUAAGUAUGUCAAAACAUAAUCUUGUGAAUUUUUGUUAAUGUUAUUAUACGAGCUAUAUUUUUCAUUUGCCCAGAAAGACAGCUUGUAUAACGCUUUUGAAAGUUUCUGCUCUGUAAAGUCUUUAGAGCUGACAGUCUGUUAGGUUUGUUUUAUCUUCAUGCUAAAGUGUCAGUUGGUGGUUUUGUGAACUGGUCAGAAAUUCAUAGGUCUUAAAUGUUUUGGGGAAAAUUUAUAUUGGGCACUGCUCUUUGUCUAGCAAAUAAAAGAUGUUAAUAUA